AUGUUACUUUUGAAGAUGCUGACUCGCGCCGUGUGUCUGCACAAAUUGGAUUGGAAGCGUGAUUCCCUGGAGUUCAUGUGCGUCGACGGCCUUGCCACGGAAAAUAUCGACACACUGGCAGUCGGUGCAGCAGGGCGGAAUGGCACGCCUGUCGUCUUCCGCCGCGUUUUCGAGAUGGUGGUAUUGGGCAACCUCGUGGACAUCAAGGGCUCUGCUCGGCGUAGCCUGGAUCACAGGUUCCUGAAGGCCGAGGGGUGCUAUUGGGCGUCUUGGUCGAUUGUCCUGCACAACACAGUCUUGCUUACGCAGGCCAUCAUGUCGAAUGAGGCGACCGCGAACGUCGGUGCCCUCCUCUGGUCGUCCGGCGAGUGCCCCAGCCUCUACGAGCUGGCGCCGCGGGUGCCCGCAGAGCUGGCGCCCGGCGUGGCGCGGGCGCUGCGGCGCUCCCCGCACGACCCCUCCAGCAGCCCCACGGCGUGCGAGAGCGCCGCCGGGCCAGAGCUCGCCGCCGCGGUCGGCCGCCUCGCGGACCCGAGAACCGGUCCUCGCAGAUACGGCAGGCCGCUUCGGUCGUGGUCGCGGACCGCGCCCAGCUGGUGUGCGGCGCGCCCACCAUGCAGGCGCUGCGGGCGCUGGAGAGCCCAUCCGAGCCAUGUACCCGGCCCAGUACGAGGAGGCCUUGACGGACAGGCUCCUGCUCAGGAGGUGCUCACCCCCGGGGCGCUGGCGCGGGAGCUCGACCGCUACUGCGGCCGGGGCGGGGCCCGCGCAGGGCGCCGCGGCGAGGAGGGCGGCGGGCCCGCCGAGGGCGAGGACCAGCUCCACAUCACGACAGACCUGAACCAGCUGUUCGCGAUGCCGCCGAGUGGUUAUGCCCAGCCCGACAGCCAGCUCACGGCGGCCUCGGCGGCACGUGCUCCGGCUGAAGCAUGA